UUUACAUAAUUUUUCAUUAUUAUUUUGUAAUUGCAAGGAAAUCUUUUCGGUUACGCUUUAUACAAUUUGUAUACAUCGAAGCAUACGUUUCAUAAAUUAGCGAUUUUAUUAGUGUUAACGAGAAUCGGGUAGUGAAAACUAUUUUUCAGGUCAAUAAUAUUGUACACAACACUUGGAGCAAUGGCUUGCGGCAUACUGUCCUUGUUACAAGCCGACCAGUCCGUGAAGGAAAUUUAUCGCGCCUGGCGGAAUCGAUAUCGCGAUGAUACUGAAGAUGGCACUUUAGAAAUUCUCCAGUUUUGUGUUGAUUUUGCCGGAUAUGGAUAUAUUUUAAAGCUAGAGGAAAUAGAAAAUGCUGGGAAUAUGCGCGACUUUGUGCGGAAAAACAUAGUAAAAUCUAGUUAUCGCGAAUUGAAUAUAUUCAGCCAACCUACUAUGUUGAAGCGUAUAUUUCAACUGUUCGAAAUGAUGAUUGCUCACGAUCGCCAGGAGCUACUGCAAAACAAUAUCUGGUUGAACAAAACCAUUCGACUGUUGGUAGCUUUCUGCGAGGUGAAUGACGACGAGUGUAAAAUGGUAGCGGGCUACCUGAGUACAAUUAUUCUUGUAAACUUGUCGGUAGUUCAUGAUUAUGUACUCCAAGAAUUGGGAAAAGUUCAGCACGAAGGCGAACGUGAGCAGAUACUGGAAGCAGAAAAACGGGAGCGCUACGUAUCCAAAGUCAGUAAAUUGUUAGGAAAAAAUAUUGAGGGAAGCUGCGGGUACGCAAUAACACUACCAAUGAUUUCUGAAUGGUUCUGCAAGUUGCUGGAAACUUACCCAGCAAUCCACGUUUUGUCAGGUAACUUGCUAGAGGUGCUAGCAACGCUUCUACAACAUCGUCAUUGUAAGAUGUUUUCAACGGUGGCAAACUGUUUCAAAAAAUUGCUUAAUCCCGAUAUACAAACGCCGGAAGUAGUAGAUGCGGUUGCAGACUUUUUUGUGCAAACUGCUGGAAAGCGAUUCGUACAAUACAUGUUGGAUUUCAAGUCAAGCGAAAAGUUGGCGUUGGAGGUUAUUGUGUACGUUCAGAGACGUAGCUGUGGUCGACCUAUUUUCAAUGACGAUAUCAGCACAAAGGUUCGUCAAUACAUGUUUCACAGUGACGAAACUGUACGGGGAUACGCAAUCGAUUUCCACGUUAGCGCAUUGUGCCACCCUGACCAAGAAAACAAUAAUGUUUCUAUUCUAUUUGGUAUUCUCAAACUGUUCGAACGCUACGAACAAACUUCCAAGUCGUUGGACGAUCUGGUAGCCGAUCUGUGGCAUUUGGAAUUUUUUGACGAUUGGAGUAUGGUCUUUAAUCUGCUUGAGGAACAAUUGAAUCGUAACGAAAAUCUUUUUAUGGUCAUCUCCGUCGUGCAUGUCAUAAACCAAUGUCAUGCGCUAAUGAUGCGUGACCUGGAGAAAGCACAGCAACCGGAGCGUACCACCGUAGACCGUGCACGGCUGCGAAUUCUGUUGAAAGAUUUCCUGGCCAAUUAUCCGCAAGCUCUUCGCAAAUGUAUCCUACAUGAGGAGGCUUACAUUGCACUAUUACAGCCGGCUCAGUCGACUUACCAUGGUAUUCUGCAGAUAUGUAACGUAAACGUGGAACAAUAUUAUGAAGCUCUAUUUGCUGUGCUCUCCACGGUGGCGUACAGUGCCUCCAGCUUUUAUGUAUUGCUGCGAAAUCUAUCGGCGAUUCGAAGUUAUUGGGGGAUCAUCAUAGACGUGGAACAAAUGUGGUCUGAACUUCUGAAUCAAUAUGCGAGUGAAUUCGUAGAAACGAGGACUAAAUUCACCAGUCGGAAUAUUGGCCGCGACCAUACCAUAACAUCAAAGUAUGUGACCGCUCAGACUAAGCUAACCGCGCUACUUGAGCUAGACCAAAAUCUAGAUAUCCAUCUGCCGAACAUUAUGAAAAUUCUCAUCAAUGACAUUCGUCUGUUAGACAAGAUGAAGCUGAAUAAUCACCAAACAAGUAUUUUUUACCGACUGUACAAAUGUGCAUUCUACACCAUAGUCAACGGGUAUAGCAAUGGUACAGUCGUUGAGCUGUUGGACAGUUCCAGUCAGUACAACUAUACCGGUCAACGAUUGAAGAAGCGUGUACUGGAACUGCUGCGUCUAAUGUUGAAAAAAUUGACCAAGUUUGACGAAUCCCUCGAAACAAGCGUACACGUGUUCGCUACUUUGUGCGAUUUGCUACUGAUGACACAGAGCGGCAUCGACGUUGAUGUUGGUGAGCGGCAGCAUAUCGGCUACGCAGUAGAGACCGUCGACCUGGAAAAGAUGGCAAAGUAUUUGCUAAACUAUCUUUUUUCCAAGCAGUAUGACUGGCACGAGACGCCCAUCGCGAAGCAAAAGGAGAUGCUAGCUAAAUACAUCGAUCUGUACAAGCUGCACAAGUCCUUGCCACGAAUCACCGAUACGCAUUACAUCGUGGCAAACUUUUCGGUCGAUACGCAACUGGAGAAACAGCUCAUCCAACUGAUGGUAGUCCUACAUCAGGUCGAUCUGACACAGUUCUGUGAAGUUAUUUCCCAGGCGGCCUUUCAAUUGUUGAUGGUGUACCGAUCGGAACACAGCGUUAAGCAAUUUUUCAAAAAAUUUCAAUCAUUCGCUCUGGCCAAACUAACUGUCGUCGACAAGGAGGAAUGUGCAAACGUAAUUGGGAAAGUGGUGGAGAAAAUGUUGAACCACAUGAUGAAUAUAGUUAACGACGAGGAAAGUGCCGGAGUUGCAACACGUAUGCUCAAACUGGUUGAACCGAUGCUACCGCAGAUCCCGGUCGAGGAACGAUUAUCGAUGGAACAUCUACUUCUGAGACAUUCUGAAUACGAAAAGCUACCGGAAGCUGAUCGUAAAGCGGUCAAUCGUUUUGUUAAACAUUUGAAAAAAUGAAGGUUCGCAUACUGAGGUAUUUAGUUCUGUUCUUCGUAUUGAUUUACUAAUAUUUCUUGGACCGUUUUUUUUGUUAUUACUUUGACAUUAUUUUUGUUAUAUUUUGAAUUUUUUAAUAGUAGUUAGUAACAGUCAUCCCUUUUCUGUUCAAUUCAGUUUACGUCUAUUACUAAUUAG